GCUUUGUUAAGCGUCCUCCCCAGUUCAGGUCGACGUUCUGGUUCCUACAACUACAUGAUCUGCAAAUUAUAAGGUGAAGGUUUUUAUGUCAAGUCGAAGUUUAAGUACACGGUUUUAGUUUCUUGGACGGCGAGGGUGACGCGACGUUGUACACCGUUUUCCUCGGACGGUUAGUUCUUGCACAUCAACGAACAGAAGUAGAAUCCGACUCUGUAUUUCUGCUCCUUGCUUUAGAUUUUGCAUCGAACGCGCUCUAGCAUCUGAUUUGUCAGGAGUCUCAGCUCUUCCACCAGGUACAGACUGCAACGAACCGUUGCAAUUCCAUCGGUCACAAUGAGGCUUCGAGCUACUGCCGUAAAGAGCAUCGCAGUCGGGGUAUAUUUGGGCCUCGGCGCCUCGAAGCAGGAUUUCGCUUCAGCACUACGGUCUCUUCCUUCAAGAAUUGAUGAUGCUAGAAGCGCCAGUGAUCUUCAUUUUCGCCAACAGACGCCAACACGUGAAAGGGGUGGAUCGAGACCAACUGCUCAGGCAAGUAGAAAGAAUCGAACCAGGUUUGUUGAUCAAGAAGAACAUAGCAGGCCCAGGAGCAGCACCGCCUCUAUUAAAGCGAGCGAUCCGACAACAGUUCCAGUUGCACAGUUGUCAUUGAAUUGUCACCAGCCUGCUGAGCAAGGUCCUCCUACUCCGGCUCCUCAGCAAUACGAAAACCAACAAUCUUCCCCGCCACCAGCAACAGCGCCGCAGGCCUAUUUCGCCCAUCCGCAAUACCCAGGCCAGCAGCCCAGCGGCUUUGUAAAUGCGUACGUCCCGGUACAGGUCGUGUUGUGUCCGUUUCUGGUACAUGGAGACGGCGUUAUUUCGCCUGCGGGAGGCUCUUUGUUCUGUCCAGUCCCGCGACGAGAUCACGACUACCCGCUGCAGGGAACGGGAAGCGGCAGUGGAGGUCCCCCGAGGUCGACGCCGAGCUCCAGCCGCUCGCGUCCGCACACCCCAAUUCUGGAUGCUUCUCAAGAGCAACCAGACCGGCGUGACAGCGAAAAAUUCUGGGAGCCUGCAGAGCUUCCACUGCGUCUUACUGAGCACGGGAAAAGGCUGCGCGACAAGGCAGAAAUGGCACGGAACCAUGAUAAUGAAUAUAAAGUUCGUGAGAAAAAUGAACUGGUGGAGCAAGAAGCUGAAAAAAUUACUAGGGCGAGGAGUCGUGCCUUGUUCGUGUCAGAUCGAACAGCAGCUGACCUUGAUCCUACGGACACACCCCGGACACAGGGUUUGUUGUUGCCGCAACAAAUCCUAGUAGCGCAAGGAAUUAACGCACUUUCCGAAACGGGCGACGCGGUGCGAUCGCCGUCGCCUUGGUUCCCGCGUAGUAUUGGCCAGAACUCGGACGAACAGCGUAACAAGCAGACCCUGCCAGUGGCUCGUAGUCGUGAUCCGGAUUGUUCGUCGCCACAACAAGAGCAGCAAAGCGGAGCUUCGUUAGCAACCGCGCAAGAUGCUUUUGCACAGCCUACGAGCAUCCAGCCGCCAUCGUUUCUUAAUGCAGACAGAGCAGCGAACGCGUUCCCGGCGCCCGUGGCACCGCUUGCGGUCAAUCGAAGUACGGAUGCAGAACUCCGGUUUCGCCGACCUCUAGUACCAAGCGACUUGCGUGUGCAGAACUUGGGUGUCAGCUUUCUGGAUAGCGAUGAUGAUGAUGAUGAGGGUCAAAACGACGCUGAAGAGCUGAAACUGCAUCGGGAUACUUAUCUGGCACAGGAGAAAAAGACUGCACGGGGGCGCAAGCGUCUGGUGCAAGGUCAACAUGCUGCGCCACCGCUGGGGGCCACGGGCUCCGCAGCCACUGAUAAGCGAAGAAGCUGAACAGUCAUGUAUGAAUAUGAAAAUGGAAAAAAUUAGAUUCGCCGCAGUGCGAUUACAGCGACGCGCCACGUUGCUAAAAUCUUAGUAGAGGAGAAAAUGCGACUUUCAUUUUGUUUCAUCCAGAGACGCGACACAUGGAAAUUGCAAUCAGAG